AUGGUGGCUGGUGGUGGACACAAAGAUGAUAAAAUAUUGAUGAGUGGGUGUGGUUGGCUUCUCCGCCUUCUUCCUACCCCACGGACUAUCUUGGACAAGAGCUCCGCUGUCGUCAGUCAAGUCUCAACGCAGCCGUUCCAUCGGUAACCGUGUCAGUUUGAAGGCGUAGGCAACGAGGAAGACGUCGUCGGGUCGCCAUCAUGCGAGAGAUUGUUCACAUCCAAGCCGGUCAAUGCGGUAAUCAAAUUGGAUCCAAGGUGAGUCAUUUUUCUAGUCUGAAUACAAUCAAAACACCCGACUUUUUUUUAGUUCUGGGAGGUGAUAUCCGACGAACAUGGCAUUGACCCAACCGGCCAGUACGUGGGAGACUCUGAUCUGCAACUCGAAAGGAUCAAUGUGUACUACAAUGAGGCAGGCGGCAACAAAUAUGUACCGAGGUAACAUUGAAACAGAAACAUUUGAAAAAUUUAGUUUUUUUUUCAGAGCUGUGCUUGUCGAUUUGGAACCGGGAACGAUGGAUUCAGUACGCUCUGGACCAUUCGGCCAACUGUUCCGCCCGGACAAUUAUGUGUUCGGACAGAGCGGUGCUGGAAACAACUGGGCAAAAGGACACUACACCGAGGGAGCUGAACUUGUCGACAGUGUGCUGGACGUAGUGAGAAAGGAGGCGGAGAGCACGGAUUGUCUACAAGGAUUCCAACUGACUCACUCUUUGGGAGGAGGAACUGGAUCUGGAAUGGGAACUCUGCUCAUCUCGAAAAUUCGCGAGGAAUACCCGGACAGAAUCAUGAACACUUUCUCUGUUGUUCCGAGUCCGAAGGUCUCGGACACUGUGGUCGAGCCGUACAACGCCACGCUCUCCGUUCACCAGCUCGUUGAAAACACCGAUGAGACGUUCUGCAUCGACAACGAAGCCCUGUACGAAAUCUGCUUCCGUACCCUGAAGCUGACGACGCCAACAUACGGAGACCUCAACCAUCUCGUGAGUGCCACGAUGAGCGGCGUCACCACUUGUCUGCGCUUCCCUGGACAACUGAAUGCAGAUCUCCGCAAGUUGGCAGUCAACAUGGUUCCGUUCCCACGUCUUCACUUCUUCAUGCCUGGAUUCGCACCAUUGACGAGCAGAAGCAACCAGCAGGUAAGUGAAUAAGGAUUUUACUUAAGUCAAACCUGAAAAACUUUUCAGUACCGUGCUGUCAGCGUUCCGGAGCUGACUCAACAGUGUUUCGACGCCAAGAACAUGAUGGCCGCAUGCGACCCAAGACACGGACGAUACCUCACUGCCGCCGCAAUCUUCAGAGGAAGAAUGAGCAUGAAGGAAGUCGACGAACAGAUGCUCAACAUCCAGAAUAAGAACUCGUCGUACUUUGUCGACUGGAUCCCGAACAACGUGAAGACCGCCGUUUGCGAUAUUCCACCGAGAGGACUCAAGAUGUCCGCCACAUUCAUCGGUAACUCGACCGCCAUCCAAGAGCUGUUCAAGCGAAUCAGCGAGCAAUUUACUGGUAAGAAGCAUUCUGUUUCAGUUCAUUUUCUAUAAUCGCCGCAAUUUCAGCCAUGUUCCGUCGCAAGGCUUUCCUCCACUGGUACACAGGCGAAGGAAUGGACGAGAUGGAGUUCACUGAGGCGGAGAGCAACAUGAACGACCUGGUCUCGGAGUACCAGCAGUAUCAGGAGGCUGCUGCCGACGAAGACGCUGCCGAAGCUUUCGACGGAGAGUAA